UUUGUACCACACUUACUCCAUAGCACUGAAGAAUUUGCAUUGCUACCCCGACAACUAAAAAAGUGAUAUUGGCUGCUAAUCUUGUCAAAAAGAUGGAUUUUCAUUAAAUAAAUAGCACCAUGCCAGUCUAAAAUGGGUUUUGCUCGGUUUUCAAGAUGGGUCUUUUAGCACCAAAAAUUGUAAUUUGGCUUAAAUAGACCCCACCACAUGUGGCAAACACUGGACAGGAGCAAAACUCAGGUAGUGCGCUCUCUCCCUGAAAGUCUCGAACGGAGAAAUACCCAGCGAGCAAUGGAAAAUGCAAAGAGAGAAAUAUGCUUACAGCGAGAAAUUUGAUUUCUCUGAAAAAACGAAAUUGGGGUUUAGAACAACCAUCACAAGCACCCAGAAGUUUUUGUUUUGGUGGUGAAAAAGCACCCAGAAGUUGAAGAAAGAGAAAAAGUGGGGUUUUUUUGUUUUGGUUGUUUUGCACUUGUAGAAAAAGCGGAAAACUUUAUUGUUGUGUUGCUUUGUAGAGAAAAGGGUUUGUAAUGGAAGGAGGGUCAAGCCACAACUUCGUUCCUCCUUCAGCUGGUUUUGACAAGUCAUGUGUUUUGGAUGUCAAACCUCUGCGUAGUUUGAUGCCAGUGUUUCCAGAUGCGUCUCAGGCCCCUCCCUUUGCAUGCAUGCCUCCCUUCGGCCAUACCCCCAAGGGAUAUUCUUCAUUUUACCCAUUUCAUGUACCACAAGGCUCUCGAACCUCACCUAAUCUCAAUAGUGAGAAUCCUUCCCCAAUGAGGACGACGGGUCUCAUGCCCGCUCCAAUUCGGUCAUACAGAGCCCCCGCCCCAUCUGGGCCACUUGGAGAAAGAGGUUCAUCAAUGGGUGGGGCAGAAGAUGAGGAUGGGCAUUUUGAUGCUCAUCCAGGUUCUAGUUCAUCAAGAAAGAAGACUGUGAAAGUUAGUUCAUCUCGAAAGAAGAACAAGAAAAGUAGAGAUGGUGAUUCAUUAACAAACAAUGGGUCGGGAGUGAACUUUGUUUCUGUUAUGACUCCAUUUCAACUAGAAGACGGUAACAGGGAGUUGGUUAACUAUGUACUCAUGAAUUUUGAUGCAUUGCGGAGAAGGAUCUGCCAAAUCGAAGAUGCCAGGGAAUCGAAAAAUGUGCUUGCACAUUUGAAAGCUGGUAACAUUGUGAUGAGCAAAAAGAUUCGAACAAACAUGAGGAAGAGAAUUGGGGUUGUGCCUGGAGUUGAGAUUGGCGACAUUUUCUAUUUCCGAAUGGAAAUGUGUGCAGUUGGAUUGCAUGCUCCACCAAUGGCUGGAAUUGACUUCAUGUCUGGGAAGGGUGAUGCUGAAAAAGAUCCAUUGGCCUUAAGCAUUGUUUCUUCAGGAGGCUAUGAUGAUGACACAGAGGACAGUGAUGUCUUGAUAUAUAGUGGUCAGGGUGGGUAUACCCAUAACAAUAAGCAGGUGACUGAUCAGAAGCUUGAAAGGGGUAAUCUUGCUCUUGAGAGGAGCUUGAAUCAUGGCAAUGAAGUCCGAGUGAUUCGUGGUGUGAAAGAUGAGGUUAUUUCAACAACAAAGGUCUAUGUGUAUGAUGGCCUAUAUAAAGUCCACGAGUCAUGGACAGAAAGGGGGAAAUCUGGUUGCAAUAUAUUCAAGUACAAGUUAGUGAGGGUGCCUGGGCAGCCUGGUGCUUUUGCAGUUUGGCAAACUAUUCGUAAGUGGAAGGAUGGUUUUUCGUCAAGGGCUGGACUUGUUCUUCAAGACCUCACUUCAGGGACUGAACCUAUACCUGUGUGCCUUGUAAAUGAGGUUGAUAACGAGAAGGGGUUGGCUUCUUUCACGUAUUUUCCUAAACUGAAAUAUUCUAAAUCUUUCACUUCAAUGCCGCCUUCUUUUGUCUGCAAUUGCCACAAUGCAUGCCUCCCAGGUGAUAUGAAUUGCUCUUGCAUUCAGAAAAAUGGAGGUUCUUUUCCUUAUACUGGCAAUGGGAUCCUAGUCAGCCGGAAGCAAUUGUUACAUGAAUGUGGUCCUACAUGUCCAUGCUCUCCCAACUGCAAAAACAGAGUAUCCCAAACUGGUGUAAAAUUGCGCUUGGAAGUGUUUAAGACAAAGGAUAGGGGCUGGGGCCUCCGGUCGUGGGAUUCUAUUCGUGCUGGUACUUUUAUUUGUGAGUAUGCUGGUGAAGUUAUUGAUGAAGUGAAGUUAAAGCAUAAAGUUGAUGAAGGCGAAGAUGAUGAAUAUAUUUUUGAUACAGGCCGUAAUUAUGACUCGUUUAAGUGGAAUUAUGAACCAGGACUACUAGAAGAGGAGACUUCUAAUGACAUAAAUGUGGAUUAUAACAUCCCAUAUCGCCUAAUCAUAAGUGCCAAGAAUGUUGGGAACGUAGCUCGGUUCAUUAAUCACAGUUGCUCACCAAAUGUCUUUUGGCAACCGGUUCUAUAUGAACACAACAGUCAGUCUUGUCUUCAUAUUGCUUUUUUUGCCAUCAGACACAUUCCGCCCAUGACAGAGUUGACAUAUGAUUAUGGCAAUUCAUGUUCCAAUGAAGCUGACAAUGACAAUGGAUCCCACCGGAAAAAGAAAUGCUUAUGUGGAUCAUCAAAAUGCCGGGGUUAUUUUGGUUGAUUAUGUAGGUUAUAAAAUAGACAGCCGGUGCCAAGAAACAUGAUCCUGGCUAGUAAGUAUGUAACUUCACCAUGUUUUAAUGUUUUUGAACUUAGUGUUACUGUGAUUUUGUUGUUGUUGAUCUUUCAAUCUGCGGUCAAUGGUUAAGGUUCUAGAAACCGUUAAUCAUGGUGCCGACAAACAUGAUCCUGGUUAUAAAGUUUGGAAUCUCCAUCAUGUUUAUAUGGUUUUGAACUUUUAUGUUGUUUGUUUA